AUGCUUCUCCAACAGGCGCCGUGCUCGCUGAGCGGCGGGCGGCCCCCGGCCGGCACCAUGCACACUCUACAGAAGGAUACCACGUUUACCAAGAUUUUUGUCGGGGGGCUGCCCUACCACACUACCGACUCUUCCUUGAGGAAGUACUUCGAGGGCUUCGGGGACAUCGAGGAGGCAGUAGUUAUCACCGACCGCCAGACGGGCAAGUCCCGGGGCUAUGGCUUUGUCACAAUGGCAGACCGGGCUGCAGCGGAGAGAGCUUGUAAAGACCCCAAUCCCAUCAUAGAUGGCCGGAAAGCAAACGUUAAUUUGGCAUACCUUGGAGCCAAGCCAAGAAGUAUUCACACUGGUUUUACAAUUGGUGUUCAGCAGUUGCACCCUGCUUUUAUCCAGAGGUCUUAUGGGCUCACCCCGCACUAUAUUUACCCACAAGCCAUUGUCCAGCCCAGCGUGGUGAUCCCCGCUCCUGUCCAGUCGAUUGCGUCUCCCUACAUAGACUACACUGCAGCAAACCAAGCCUAUACCCAGUAUACCACGGCUGCCUAUGACCAGUAUCCUUAUGCCUCGUCUCCUGCUGCCGGCUUCGUGGGAUACGGCUAUACCAGCGCCGUGCAGGCUCCCCUCGCCACCACCAACCCCGCGGCUGCCACCACUGCCUUUGUGCAGUAUCAGCCCCCACAGCUGCAGCCUGACAGGAUGCAGUGAGGAGACCGACGGAAGGAGAGUCUGACCUCUGGAGGAUACAGCAAGAUGCUCAAACAGGGAUGAGACAAAGCAAAGCCAAAACACAAAAAAACCAGCAAAAAGCAGAUAGACACAACAAAACCCACAUAAAAUAGACAAGAAACCCCUAAGCAAACACCCGAAAAACUUAUUAGGUGCAUAUGAAUACCUAAGCUAUUUAUAUAGUAUUAUGGGUAGGCAAAAACCCUUUCAAAUCUUUACUAUGCUCAUGGAAGAAGAGAGUUCUGUUUUUUUUUUUUUAAAUCAGGACAAGUGAUCUCUGAUGAUAACCUAAAAGUGAUGGAAAAAUAUUAACAGAAAACCAUACAGUUACUUGCACAAUUUUGUGGUCAGCUUCCAAUUUGUCUCACCUUCCAACAACUUUCUUCUCUCUCUCUUCCCAUUACUCCUGUCAUGUCAACCUUGCAAAUCUGCGCUUUACUGUGAGGUACCAAGAGAUACUCAGCCGACCAGCGUAACAAUCUUCUCCUGCCUCCCCUCUCCCUUCUGGUUGUACAAAAAAACUUUGUAAUAAUACUCAAGAUGCCUUACUGAAAAAAAUGAAAGAACUAUUUUUUGAAUAUUUAUUGCGAUUUUGUUCGCAUGAGCUGUGAAUUGCAGACAGAAGGUUGGUAGUAUCUGCCUUGUUUAAUUCUCAUUUACUAAAUUAUUGUUUGUAGGUAAGUUUCUUAAAAAAAAAAAAGACUGAAUCACUUUCAACAUGCAAAAGGGAAUAUUGUCCUUGGAGCGGAAAGCAAAAUAUUCCUAUAGUCAAUGAUGCACUGUAAUAUUUUUCUUAUUUUAAUUGUUACACUGUUCAGAUCUCAAAAUUUAAGUAUAUUUUUGAAAUGGAGAAAAAAAUCCAAACAAACCUACUCGCUUCUCCCUAUCACCCCCAGGAAUCCAGAACAUAUUGUAUACUUUGUUAUUGCUGCAACCUAUGGAGAGAAAAUGAUGACAGUAUUUAUGUAAAAUAAAGGAAGUUUGUAGGCUGGGAGCCAGCAGAGCCAAGGAGAAUGCCAGGAACUGAUCAAUGGUGUUAAUCUAUUUGAACAAAAGGUAAAAGGACAUUUUAUGCCUGUGGUACGACAGCUGUCUAAAUAAAGAAAACAGUCUAUAUAAGUUAAGUGGAUUUUUACCAAGAAAGCAAUAAACUGUUUAAGAUUGUU